AUGUCCAGCGACUCCAACUUCGCCACCAUAGUCACUCCAUCCCAGCUUGCUACCUCAUUCAAACAUCUCUUCUCCAAUAUUCCCUCAUCAGAUCCAACACUUCUCGUACAUUCCUCUCUUCGAUCCGUCGGCUUCAUUCCUGGAUUCGCCCCCUCAGUCAUCCAGUCUCUUCUCGCCUCCCUCGGUCCCUCUGGCACUAUCGUCGUUCCAACUCAUACAGGCGACAACUCGGAUCCUGCCGCGUGGCAGGCACCCCCAGUGCCAGAAUCAUGGUGGCAGCCAAUCAGAGACUCUAUACCGGCGUUCGAUCCGGCUACAACCAUCACCAGAAUCGUCGGUGUAGUUCCCGAGACGCUGCGAACUUGGCCCGGCGCCCUACGUUCGGCUCACCCGCAGACAUCCUUUGCGGCAUUGGGUCCUCAAGCACGGCGCAUUACAGAGGGACAUGAGCCGAAUUGUCGCCUAGGUGAAUCAAGUCCACUAGCAAAACUCGAAGCUGUGGAUGCUUGGGUUUUGCUUCUCGGGGUUGGUUGGAAUAAUUGCACAGCCUUCCAUCUCGCCGAAUAUCGUAUCCAGAACCCUCGUUUUGAAGACAAUUCAUUUGCUAUAAAUAUAGACGGGCAACGACAAUGGGUUACGGUGCAAGAUGUGGUAAUUACUGAUGAAGACUUUGAGAGGCUUGGGGCAGAUUUCGAGAGAGAUUGCAGGGUCGUACGUGGAACUGCUGGAGCAGCUGACUGCCUGUUAUUUUCUUUGCGAGAGGCAGUCGAGUAUGCAACGGAAUGGAUGGAUAGGAAUAGAAAGAAACAAGAGUGA